AUGUCUAACAAUAUGGGAAGCGCGAAGCCCGUUUGCGGCGGUGGUAAGGAAGUCGGCGAGUACGAUGUUGCUCUACACACAAUUGGACUAUUCCUUGUCCUGGCUGCGUCAUGUUUAGGGGCUGGUUUUCCCGUAGCUGCUAAGAAGAUCAGCUGGUUGAAGGUACCGGAGAAGGUGUUCUUCGCCUGCAAGCACUUCGGAACGGGUGUCCUAAUAGCGACUGCUUUUGUUCAUCUUCUCCCUACAGCCUGGUUCAGUCUUUCAGAUCCAUGCCUUCCCGAUCUCUUCACUGAGCAGUACCCCCCGCUUCCUGGCGUCAUCAUGAUGGCUUCUCUCUUUAUCCUAUUCAUCAUUGAGAUGUGGAUGAACAAUAAAAUGGGUGGGCAUUCUCAUGGUGGUGCCGCUGGCUUUGAGCACCACGCACCCGCACCAGUUGUCGUUCAUCAGGCUCAAGUUCACCACCGCUCGAUGCCAUCUGAUGCGACUAUGGUGGGCUUCGACGCCCAGGACAUUGAAUACGAGAAGAGGAUGGCUGCGGAGGCGAAUGAAAUGAGGCAAAACCCGUACUCCGAAAGCGAGUUUGAUCUUCCCCGAUCCGAAAUGCCCCCGUGGUUUGUCGUUUUCUACGAGCAAUACGUCCGCCAGCGUCUCGAACUCGUCAACAUGAUCAAGGCAUCUGGCGGUAAUGCGCAGAUACAGUCAGAGCCUAAGCAGGAGGUAGUAGUCAGCGAAAAGAGUAUGAUGGACGAAGAGGGUCAGCCGGUUGACCCUCUGGUCUACAGGAGAAUGUCCAUGAACAUUACCUUACUUGAAGGUGGUAUCCUUUUCCACUCUGUUUUCGUCGGAAUGACCGUCUCCAUCACCAUCGACGGCUUCGUUAUCCUUUUGAUCGCUAUCCUUUUCCACCAGAUGUUCGAAGGUCUUGGUUUGGGUUCCCGUAUUGCCGCUGUUCCGUACCCCAAGGGUAGCAUCCGCCCCUGGCUGUUGGUGUUCGCUUUCGGAACAACUGCACCGAUCGGACAGGCUAUCGGUUUGGCUGCGCGUAACACUUACGACCCCAACAGCGCCUUUGGUCUCAUCAUUGUUGGUGUAUUCAACUCUAUUUCUUCCGGUCUUCUGAUCUACGCAGCUCUGGUCGACCUGCUCGCUGAGGACUUCCUUUCGGAGGAGUCCAGCCAGGUUUUGACGAUGAAGCAAAAGAAGAUCGCUUUCAUGUUUGUCAUUCUAGGAGCUAUUGGCAUGUCCAUCGUUGGCGCUUUCGCUUAA